AUGUCGAGCCGCCUGGCCUUUCAGACCCAGCUGGCCUCCAUCAUGGAGGCGCUAGCUAAUGCGGCGGUGGCGGAGAUAUGCAAGCUGGUGGACGAUGACUACGCGGUGGUGAGCCUCCAGAUGUCCCAGUGUCAGAGGGAGAACAAGGCCCUGAAGAGGAAGCUGCACCUACUGGAGCUGAAGAUGGCUCGGGGCAACGCCGAGAGGAGACUGCGGGAGAGCGCCAUGAACAGCAGCCGGCCCAGAGUGCACAUCAGCGGGGGAGACAGGCUGCGAGAGGCCGGGACGACCUCCAGGAGCACCGGUGAGACAGACGGCGGUUUGUGUGUGGGGGGGUAUAAAUAAGAACUUUCUACUCAUGCCCGGUAACUGUCUGUAAUAUUGGUAUAAUCAGGGUUGCUCAUCGAAGAAAAUAAAGCUCCUUAAUUUACUUAAUUUAUGCAUUGCACCUUUGUCCAAAUGGACUAGAAGCUCUCUGUUGUCCAUACUUUUUCAUUGAGAAAAAAAAAGUCAUAUUAAGCUUGUAAGUUCACCAUCAAGCAAUGAUUUCAUAAUACAAUGACAGUUGUAUUAAGAUCAUAUGAUUUUGAGACUAUCACAUAACUUUCAUGUCAGAUACCUAGACAAUAAAUUGCCUACACUUGAGAAAGUUUGACACAGUAUUUGAGCUGCCUCCAAAUAAAGGUUGAGAUUGAAGUUGUAAUUUCAGGGGGCUGUGAUAGAAUAGAAUAGAGCUGUAAAAUGAUAGAAUAGUGAUGUAAGAGAAUAGAACGGAGCCUUAAAAUAAAAGGACAGAGCUAUAUUAGGAUAGAGCUGUAAUAGAGUAGAACAGAGCUGUCAUUGAACAGAACUAUUGUAGUAUAAAGUGUUGUGUUUAUAUUUUUGUUCAGUGUAGAUUUACAUAUGUCCAUGCACACAGACACAACAACUUAAAGGUUUUUGUUGAGGAGUUUAAUGGUAGAGGGGAUACGGCUCCUGCCAGACUAUGUUCUGGAUCUGCGACGAGUGUCGUUUUUUUUCUUAGCUCCUCAUACUCUGUCAUAGGAACAUGAAAACAACAACAAUAAAUGGAACAUUGAUUCUUUUCUAAAACAGACUUUCAGAAAUAUGCUCUGUUAUUUCUCUCCACUCUGCUGAAGAGCUGAAGAUGCUGCUGACAGGUUUUAGUGCAGAAGUUUUCAGUAAUUUUCAGGAACUCUUGGCGCUGUUUCAGUUUUUGAGAUGCAGGGUUAAGUUAGUGACAAAAAGGGUAGUUUUGUGGUGUUUAACAAGCAUUUCAAACAGCUGUUCACUGCCAACAUGGUUUUUGUUGUUGGCGUGUGGAAACUGUCAUCAUCAUGUACUCAUGAUUUAUGUGCUACCUUAUCAGAUGCACACAUCAGCAGAAAAAUUCUUAUCCUCUAGCACCAGUAAUGAACUUUUUGAAGCGUUUAGUCAUCCCAGAUAAUUCUUAAGACAUUUGAACUGAUAAAGGUGAGCAUCAAACUCAUGAUUACUGAUGAUAAAUAAUCUCACUCCUAAAGGCAAAACUGGACUCUUACAGGAUAUUUAGUACUGCUGCCUAUCUCGACUUUGGUUUGUCAGACUGAAUCAAUUUGAUCUGGAUAUAUUACACAGCUAUUAAUAGGUUUAAUAAACAUGAAUCUAAACAUCAGAUAGAUAUAAUUUAUGAUACUUGAUAUCAAAUUAUACAAACAGUAGAAGGAUGCGUCAUGUUUUUCAUGUCUUUUGAUUAAAGCUGAACUAUAAUUUAUUUGGAAAGUGUAAAUGUAUUAUAAGCAUUCACCAUAGUCACAUUGCAGGAUGUGUAAUGUCUCAAAUCACAUAUAAUACACUGUGUGCAAGCUUCUGCUAAUCCUGUUACUGUUUAAUUUUGUUUUAUUCCAGUUUGUAAAUAAUAAGUUUUGGCAAUUCGCUGUUUUGUUCAUUGCUUGCUCUUUCUCUUUACUUGACAUUCUGUCUUAUUUUGCACUAAAGCUGUUCAAGGAGAAGCUGUACUGAUUUGUUGCAUAAUGAUAUAAAGUCAUAAAGUCAGAUUGAUGUCCCUUUAAUGCUGAACGCACAAAGCAGUGACUGCUGUGCAGGCAGGUUACAGCACAUUAAACAUUUUCUGACUCAAAUAGUAAUUAGUGUAAUUUUAUCAUCUAAAUUUUAGAUUUUUUAUGAGGUUGUAAAAAUACUCUGCAUUUGUCUGGUACAAGAUCCUGUCUCUUGAUGCAGAUGUGCACCUUGUCACAUCAAGUUUUUUUUAAAGCUUUUGUUAUGGAGUGGCCCAUUCUAAAUACAGUAGAGAUGCAUAUUCAAAGUACUCUUCAUCUUGGAACUUGGAAAAAAUUGACAGCAAAAAAUCCAAGUCGCCAGUUCAUCGCAGGCCUGACAUAUAGAGACAAACAACUGUCCACGCUUACAUUCACACCUACAGGCAAUUUGGAAGUGAGCAGUUUAUCUAACCCCACUUCUGCAUGUUUUUGGGAUGUGGGAGGAAACCGGAGUACCCAAAGUAAACCCACACAGACGUGAGGAUUGGCAUUUAUCAAUCUGCACGUGAGUGUACACCAUGACCAAAUCUCACGACAGGUCUGACAUCGUAUACGCAAGUUUGGGUCAGUGUGGAUCUGCAGUGCAGCAAAUGUCUGUCUCAAAAUAAUUGAUAUACAAACCUCAAACCUGUCAUCAAGCACAAUCAGCUGGAUUUCAUUAAAGAUUAAGACGUAAAUACAUUAAAAUAAAAUAAAUUUGUUAUGUCCUUAGUGAAUAGGCCUAUUUGAUAACUCUGCCCAGAAACACUGCCACAGAGCAGGGGCGCCAUUUCAACAUUACGCAUACACGCACAUGCACCACUGUGGAGCGCUGCGUUUGACUCCUAUAAGGCAGGUGUCUCUGUCUUGGCCCAGCAGCGGGGACGUUGUUGUACACUCCUGGAAGGGUGUGGGACAUCAUUUGGGCCAGUUCAGUUUUGCACAAAGUUGCACUGGCGAAUGGAGUGUUGUUAGCUGUGCCGGUGCAACGUGAGGACCUGAUGCCCGGAGAACAAUAACGAGGAGAGACUCCACAAAGGUUCUGUACAGAGGAGACAGGACCUUAUCGAUGGAUUCUGAUGUAAAGUAUCAGUUUAGAGAGUGCUCUUGCUAUUUAACAGCAAUAAAAAUCCAAUAGAAAUCCAUAAAAAUGGAGGGGCAGCAACUCACCGUUUGGUGAAGUUAAUAAUUAUUUUUGUUCAGCCUCUGUCAGACUCUCCAGUCUGCUCUACAUUACAAAGACGCAACAAAUUAAAACUAAAUACUUUCAAUAAUAGGAGCAACGUACCCUAUUUCAUGUCAAUAAAAAAUAUGAGGCAUGUAAGAGAUAUUAAUUUAUCAUCAUGAGCAACUUAUUGACUAAUGAUUUAUUCAAACUUCAGCCACUGUCCGCUAUUCCGGCACUGUUCACCGCCUCCAUAAUCCUGCUCCAGACAGGAGUUUUCUGGACUGCUUUUAUACCAGUUUUGAUGCUUCCAAAGAGAAAAUCCUUGUUAGUUUCCACCACAGAUAUGAGGAAAUCCACUUUCAGCUCAGAAAAGUUUCCCAUCUUUGUAAUAUUUCUCCUCUUUCAUGUUUGACCUCAGUGGGCGAGGCUUCUGAACCAGGAAUAUUUAAGGGCGUAGACAUGUUAAUGACGAUCGAUUUCAGCCGCCGCAUUUAUCAAGACCCGAUCAUACGUACGCUGGGAUUGGUCAGAUACAAACCCUUUCAUAAAUCUCAUGUGUGUUCUAUCGUAGGAUGAAUCCUGCGCUCAGAUCUGCGCAAGAUUGAUAAACGAGGGCCACUGUGUUCAUUCUCUGGAUUGUACAUUUUUCACAGAAACAUGAGGGAGAAAACUGACUGUAUUGCAAAGCUCCAGGACUUACAGAGUCAUCCAAAAAGUUUAAAGCACUGAACAUUAACAUGCAGUGCAGACUCUUCAAGUAAUCUCUGCAGACAGAAGUCACAGAGAGAGAGAGGCUCAAACUAUGAAAGGUGGAAACUCGGCAACAAGAGAACUGAACACAGAAUAAUUUAGACUAUUAAUGUCCAGUUUGCCGCAUACUUGUUCUUAUUGAGAAACGUAAGCAUGUCCAUCAGCAGAAAAACCCAUAAGAUGGUGCUGAUAUUGCUUGUUUGCAGAGGUGUUGGUGUGCAACUUCACCAGCUGAGUGCAAACAUGAGACCACAGAAUUAUUUUUUCUUUCAAACCAAAAUGUGUGUUCUUACAAAGUAAUUACUUUUAUAUUGAUGAAUUGUUCACACUCUUAAAUUGAAAAGUGAUUGAUAGAUUGAUUGACUGAGUGAUUUUGUUUUUGGUCACUGUGAGACAGGAGACAUGCAGCCAUCUUUAUCAUUUACUCAAAUCUCUAAGUCUUACUCUGACUGUAAAUUUAUAGGUUAUGUGUUGUUCUUUAUUCUGGCUAAUUCACAGUGACAUGCUGAUGAAGCUUGACUUUUUACAGCAAUAUAUUUGAUCAAAAUGUACCCUAUUUACAUGUCACACGCGCCUAUCAGGGGUAGAGAAAGUCUUUGUCCUUAUCAUUUCAUGUGUUAAUUUAAAUGUCAGUAAGGUGAAGAUACAUGUACAUAGGGCCAAAGUGAUCUGGUACAGAAUUAUGAUCUACUACAAUGGCCCAAUAAGUUUCAUACAGACCGGACUAAAUCAGAUAAAACAGUAUAAAAUUAAGAGCCUGUGGUGUAGAGAUGAGGGGGUCAGACUCUUCCCUCCUCUUGUAGAUGGCUGAGGAGUACCUGAGGAGGUUUGCUGAUGAGUAAACAGGUAUGAGAGAGAGUUUCUAACAGAGGUGUGUCUGCUGUUGAACAGAUGGAGGCUUCGGGGAACAGAUGGAGGAGGUUCUGUGGUCAGAUGGAGCUGCUACAGGAGAUGUUGAGCAGAGGAAGGUGAGUUUACUACCCUCAUACUCAGUCCAACUUUCAUGUGACGGGGUGGAGGAAAUUUCAAGUUAAUGUGGUCUGAUGUGGAUUCAUCUGAUGUGGAUUCAUCUGAGGGAUCCACGUGUGAUAGAUUAAAAGCAACACAGUCUCUUUUCACUUUAGUUUGGGUGUUAUCAAAAACUGCUGAAAAGUUUAAGAAUAUGCACAGUACACCAGUCUAAACAUGCACACUCUGUAACAUGCAUAUGCACUCUUAACCAUGCACACACACUCAGACAUGCACACACUCUAAAACAUCCACACACCCUUAAACAUGCAUACACCCUGAAACAUGAUUAAAAACUUCAGUCCAUAGUCCACAGGAUCCAUGUUGAGUGUGCACCGUCAGUGUCGUGUCAAACAGCAAGUAGUUCUCAUUCUAAUGUCUCAGCUCGUCUCACAGUGAAGAUUCGUGGAGAGUCUAUUUUUGCUGCUCUACGCUUCCAACAUGUGUCAAUCUCCACUGAGAAGAUCAUCCUGGACAGAAUGUUACUCAUAUCCGGUAAAUUUCAAAAUAAAACACCAUAUGUGAACUCCUGACUGUGUAUCAGUUUGUGUAGAUGAGAAAUACUUCCUGGUUCUGGAUUUAUCAGAAACACAGAACAAUCGGAUGGUCAAUCCCUGAUCCAUGUGGACCCCAACAGGACUUUGAACUGCUAACUCUGUCUGAAGGUAACAGCACAGCAUAAAGGAACAUAGUUUACUUUAUUAAACACGAGUAAACCUGCAAAAACUGAUACUGUAAAGUCAUGUUGCUUUUUCACAUAUAGUAAAGGCUCAACAGUCACUGAAUUAUAUCCAAAAUAGCAGGAAAUGGACCACAGAGAGGCAAAACAACCUGUUGUGAGCAUGUUGUUCCCUCUAUGCUGAGCCCAGCUGACCGGGGCUGCACUAAACUGCUGCUACGCUCCAAAUACGCAUCCUGUCGAAUUUAAAGCACACUGCUGGACAGAGCAGACAGAAUGUGCUCUGCAUGGAUCCUAUGGGUUUGCACUUCAAAUGUGCACACACACAUAAGCAGGCACGCACGCACGCACACACACACACACACACACACACACACACACACACACACACACACACACACACACACACACACACAGUGGUGUUUUGCUAUACCUGCACCAUCCACUGACAGUAUCCGAUCCCUCCUAUUUUUCUACCUUACCUUUCCACCCAAAGUGGUAGGACAACUUGGUCCCCAGCAUCAUGCAUCAUGAGACAUUAAUGUGGAAGGUGUGAUGUUACAGGAGAGCAAAUAUCACAUAAAGUCACACAUUUUAAAGAGCCACAGAGAGACAAUGAAGAGAAUGAGCAUUACUAUUGACAAGAAAGAGGAGAUACAGAAAAAAAAACAUUUUUGUCUUAUUCAUUCCCAACUCUUUAAAAUCAGAUUCACAGUCCUACAAUUCAGCGCCAGUGUUGGGAAGAACAGUUUUUUUCACUGUGCUGAAUCUUUAGAAUCUAGUCACUAAAACGAUUCGUUCAAAAGAUUUGUUCCCUGAAUCAGUCAGGGCUUCGGAGCCCCGUCCUGCCGGUGCAGUACACGAGUGAGUGACACAGCUGCAAGUUUGUUCAUUAAACCAGCGCCCCCCCCCCCUUCCCUCCCCUGCUGCUGAAGUCACUGCAUCGUUCAAUGAGUGACACGUGUCGUUCAUUCACCAAGUCCUGAAGGGAGAAUAACUCCCCUGCCCUGAAAAACUCACCUCUCUGUGUAUCGCUGUCAGCAGAAACAACACACCAGCACACCCGCUAAACAAGCGCAAGACGUUGUUCUUUUAUAUCACUGAAAAGGGGAGAUAUUAAAAAUAAAUAAACAUUGCACCUGUAGCAGGGAUUCUGCUACAUUAACAGAAAUCAAAUAGCGUUUGCUUUAAAUCGGCUGAAAUUAAAUCCUUUUUGCAGCAAAGUUUAUACACAUGUAUUAAUGUAAUUGCACUGUAAUGCACUGUUUUAUCUUAGCCUCAAAAAACGAACCGGUGCAUGGCAGUAAGUGAACAACGCUACACCCCUCCCUCCUCUGCCUGAAUAAAGUCAUUCUGAAGUCGUUCGUUUCGUUCACAGUCUGACUGAUACAUGUCGUUCAUUCACUGUGAGCAAAUCACGAGACUCCACCCGCUGGCUGGCUGGCUGGCUGAGAAGGGUGUCUCUGCAGAGCCGGAGAGCCCUGCAGUUUCACACGCUGCAGUUCUACGCGUGUAAAACUGCAGGAGGCGGAGUCUCGAAAUCAUGUAACCGCCCCCUUUUUUUCUCCUCUUCGAAUUCGUGUUCUUUGGAGAAGAGUUGUCAAUAGUAUGCAAUGGUCUGUAGCGGAGUUUGUUGAUCGAACCGUGAGUAUUAAAUGUGAAUCCCACAAUUUAUUUAGCGUCUCCCAAAUCGUUCACUUGAUUUGAAUGAGAAAUGAAUGUGUGGUUGUGCGGACGUUAAUGAUAUUUACCAUGAUAGUCUGGAAGACACGUCGAAUAUUUAUCUUGGUUAAGCCAGCUAAAGCUAUUGUUAGCUUGUCGGAAUUGUAUAACCCGUAUACGACAAGCCGCCAUUAUAUUUACUGAGACUGAAGUACGCUGACAAAUAAUUUUAGCAUGUGUAUCAGAUUGAACAUAAAAAAUGUAUAAACAGUUUAGGCUUUCUGAACCGAGAUGUCCCAUACAUGUUGGAAAUGUCUUUUGAACGUAUGCAUUUUUUCGUAUAUUAUAUCAGGUAUUUCUUAGUAUAUCAUUUAUUUAUUUAAUUAAUUAUUUUCAAUUGUAUGCAUAUCAUAUGUAAUUGACAUUUAGUCCACAUUUCUCUUUCCUAUGAAUUAGGUUUCUGUCUAUGUAUACAAAAUCUUAUCCAAACGAUUUCAUGCGUCUCAUUAUGAUCUGUGUUUUUAAGAUGCAUAAUACAAUUCAACAAGGGCGAACACUGCCUGAACUGGUCUGUUGCCAGACUUGCUGCAGGCAGUACCACUGCCCAUUCUGCUCGCCUGAGGUGUGUAAGCCGACCAGUUUAAGGCACAUUCAAAUUCAUUUGGACCACCAUUUUAACCGCGCUGUCAGCUAUGAAGGUAUGUUGGAGAACAUUAUCCUGGGAUAUGUGUACAGUAUGUAGUUAUCGAGUUGCUACUGCAACUUCAUUAUCCAACAAUUAAUCAAAUAGUCUUUUAUUAAUUGAUUAUGUAAUUAUCUACCAUUUAGUUUCUUAUCCUUGAUUCAUAUUUUGUUAGUUGAUGUAAUAAUAAAUAAAUAAAAAUACAUGCACUAAAUUCUAUGUUCUUAUGUUUAAGGUUACACCAUUCACAGAUGUGGCCUUGGCUGUAGGAAGCAGCUACAUUAUCACUGUCUCAAGUGCAAUAACACCAUUUUGCGCAGAGCAGAUUUCGAGAGACAUCUGAAAUCUUGCAUGAAUUGCGCCUCCACGUCCUCCACCCCAGCCCCGUCGGCCUCCACAGCAGCCCCGUCAGCCUCCACCCCAGCCUCGCCGUCCUCCACAGCAGCCUCGCCGUCCUCCACAGCAGCCCCGUCGGCCUCCACAGCAGCCCCGUCGGCCUCCACAGCAGCCCCGUCAGCCUCCACAGCAGCCCCGUCAGCCUCCACCCCAGCCCCGUCGGCCAUCACAGCAGCCCCGUCAGCCUCCACAGCAGCCUCGCUGUCCUCCACAGCAGCCCCGUCGGCCUCCACAGCAGCCCCGUCAGCCUCCACAGCAGACUCGCCGUCCUCCACAGCUUUGUUCUUGAUAGAAGACAUUUUUUGUAGACGUUAAGAGCCAAUCAUAUUUUUUUUGUUGAUCACCACAAAGAAUUACCUGGAAUGACAAUACUAUGAAAUUCUCACUCAAAGGGGUCAAAUUGUCAUCAAAUGUAAUGAAUAAAUAAUAAAAAGGCAAAGCCGGUCCCUACAGGGCUUCAAGCACUGCACAGCUUGCUUUGGCUCGGGCAUUUAAAACACUGGGUCCAGAAAUUAAAAUUUUUUUAUUACAUUGAAAUUAGAUUACUCCUAACUGUUUUGGAUGGAAUAAACCUAAAUUCUACAAGGUGUUUUGGGUUAACCAAACCUUAAAUAUUGACUGUCAGCUCAUAUUCCGUUUUUUUUUUUCUUUUCUUUUUUUUUUUCAGCAAAAUAACACAUUUUAUCCAUGUAAAGAAGUCCAAUUACUGAACUGCAGCACCUGCAUUAGCACUGACCUACCAGGGGCGCUAUCACGUGUAGAACUGCAGCAUCUGCAUUAGCACUGACCUACGAGCAGGGGCGCUAACACGUGUAGAACUGCAGCGUGUGAAACUGCAGGGCUCUCCGGCUCUGCAGACACAUACUAUUGGGGCUGGCUGGCUGGCUGUGUGUCGUUCGCCAAAGAGUUCACUCUCGACCAGCAUGCCAGGCUUGCUGCUGAGCUCAACUGAACUGAGAAAGGAACGAAUCAGGUCUUGGAGUGAUUCCCAUGUCAUUCACUCAGCAGUUCCGUUCUUUUGAACGAAACGUUCAUGAAAGACACAACACUACCCAGCACAAUGCUUGCUGUCCUGCAUGGAGAAGCAGGCGUGAAUAAGUUUAAUACUUUCCUGGUGUGUUUAUCUCGUUCACAAAGAUACAACACGCCAGGACAGCUGAAUUUCACAGGUGGUCAAAUAUUGAUGUGAAUUCCCUUUAGUGUCUAACAAAGAUCCAAGAGUUCAUCAAAGUCAGCUGCAGAUAGAGCAAAGACACAAUGACCCUCAUUUAUCAAGCUUGCGUACGGCAGAAAACUCAUGUACACCGUGCGAACGCAAGCUGCAACGUGAGGAUCGGCAUUUAUCAAACUGCACGUGAGCGUACGCCAUGACCAAAUUUCACGACAGGUCUGACAUCGUAUACGCAAGUUUGGGUCAGUGUGGAUCUGCGGUGCAGCAAAUGUCUGUCGCAAAAUAAUUGAUAUACAAACCUCAAACCUGUCAUUAAGCACAAUCAGCUGGAUUUCAUUAAAGAUUAAGACGUAAAUAAGAUAAAAUAAAAUAAAUUUGUAAUGUCCUUAGUGAAUAGGUCUAUUUGAUAACUCUGCCCAGAAACACUGCCACAGAGCAGGAGCGCCGUUUUAACAUUACGCACACGCGCCACUGUGGAGCGCUGCGUUUGACUCCUAAAAGGCAGGUGUCUCUGUCUUUGCCCAGCAGCGGGGACGUUGUUGUACACUCCUGGAAGGGUGUGGGACAUCAUUUGGGCCAGUUCAGUUUUGCACAAUGUUGCACUGGCGAAUGGAGUGCUGUUAGCUGUGCCGGUGCAACGUGAGGACCUGAUGCCCGGAGAACAAUAACAAGGAGAGACUCCACAAAGGUGCUGUACAGAGGAGACAGGACCUUAUUGAUGGAUUCUGAUGUAAAGUAUCAGUUUAGAAAGUGCUCUUGCUAUUUAAUCAGUGAUAAAAAUCCAAUAGAAAUCCAUAAAAAUGUGCCUCAGGGGCAGCAACUCACUGUUUGGUGAAGUUAAUAAUUAUUUUUGUUCAGCCUCUGUCAGACUCUCCAGUCUGCUCUACAUUACAAAGACGCAACAAAUUAAAACUAAAUUCUUUCAAUAAUAGGAGCAACGUACCUAUUUCAUGGCAAUAAACAAAUAUGUGGCAUGUAUGAGAUAUUAAUUUAUCAUCAUGAGCAACUUAUUGACUAAUGAUUUAUUCAAACUUCAGCCACUGUCCGCUAUUCCGCGGCAGCGCUGUUCACCGCCACCAUAAUCCUGCUCCAGACAGGAGUUUUCUGGACUGCUUUUAUACCAGUUUUGAUGCUUCCGAAGAGAAAAUCCUUGUUAGUUUCCACCACAGUUGUGAGGAUAUCCACUUUCAGCUUGGAAAAGUUUCCAAUCUUUCUAAUAUUUCUCCUCUUUCAUGUUUGACCUCAGUGGGCGAGGCUUCUGAACCAUGAAUAUAUAUGUACGCUGGGAUUGGUCGGAUACGAACCCUUUCAUAAAUCUCACGUGUGUCCUUUCGUACGAUGAAUCCUGCACUCAGAUCUGCGCAAGAUUGAUAAAUGAGGGCCAAUGUCACCUUAUCACCUGAUCAAUGUGUUUUCAUUUAGUCCUGAGAUGUUGGCUGUGAGCUCGUCACCUCUAUACAACCACAGACACUAAACAACAACAACAACAACAUCAGUUGUUGGUCCAUCAGUGCUCUGGGACCAGCACAGAUCCAAGUGCCACUUUGUACCAGAAUCAAAGUUUGAAACCCUGCUAUCCUGACUAUCCUGACUUUUCUCACUCUGCUGUAUUCUGGUCUGAUCUUGUUUAUUUUGUUUAAUCUGCAGUCUCCAGAUGUGGAGCUGGUGGAGCCGGAGCUGGAUGAGGUAUCCCAAGUGAAGGUUGAGACUGUGGAGGCCAACAUGUCCAGUGUGAAGAUGAUGGAGGAGGAGGUGGAGGUGUCACUGAUCAGAGACGAUGGUGAGUACAGACACAAAGAGAAAGAGCUUAAUAGUAGGGAGACUAUAUCAGUCAGUACAGUUAGAUCUAGAUUCACACGAGAGACAGAUCUGAAAUGAAAACUUACAUAAUCAACUCCAUUUCUACAAAAGUUUUGAUGUCGUGUAAAAUGUUGAUAAAAAACUAACUUUAAUGGUUCGUUAGUUAUUUCAAGUCUAUGUGUAACAGCCCCCACCUCUGUCUCUGAUCUCUGUUCAUCCUCGUCUCUCUGCAGGACUAGUGGAAUGUGUCCCCUCCACAGCUGCAGGACAGAGACCCAGUCUCCAUCAGCAGAGUGUGCAGUCCAACCCCAGCCAGACCCAGAGUGUGACCCCUGGCAGCAGCAGGAGGAGUGCGGUCAGCAGAGGAGUGGAGGUCAGUGACUCCUCCCCUCUCCUUAGCUGUGAGCUGGUUGACUCUGCCGAGAGCAGAAACUCUCCGCAGGAAACGCGAAACGAUGGCAGCAGCUCUAAGUUUGAUGUAUUGAAUGAAGAUGGUAAAAGUGUUAACUUGUUGCUCGAGGAGUUUUUUGACGAGCAGUCGUCGGUUGAAGCAGUAGAAGGGGGGCAGCAGCCAUGUGCGUUCCCAAUGGCAGCUGAUUUGCCAAUGCCUUCUGACAUAAAUGGCUGGACUCAUUCAGGUUCCUCGGAGUCCCUACCAAUUACCGAACGUCACAGAGUGAACCGUAGAACGGGCAAAAAGGAGAGACAGUUCAUCUGCACCUACUGCGGGAAAGUUUUCAACCGGCCUAAGAAGGUGGAGAUUCACCUGCGUGUGCACACUGGGGAAAGACCAUACACCUGCUCCACCUGUGGGAAGAAGUUCUCAGAGGCCGGGAACCUGAGGAAGCAUGAGAGAGUUCACAGUGGAGAGAAACCAUACAGCUGCGGGUUGUGUGGACGAGGAUUCGCCUGGAUCAGAUACCUGAAAACUCACCAGCUGAGAAGCCACCCUGAAGUUUACGCUACAGAGACAGCAGGGGUUGUACCUGAGCUGUCAGCCUAUGAUUGAAGGGUUCUGUCAAGUGAACCAGAUCAGCAGAGACUCAGUGACAGCAGGAUAAAACAGAAGCAAAUGGACCAUUUCAACAAACUAAGACCACAAAUAAACAUGUUUUAAAGUGACUCUGUUUUUAGAGAAAGAAAUGAGUCAAACAGUUCAAAGGAUUUUUACCUGCAGUCUGUCAACAAGAUGAUCUGGAGCAGCUGAACUUAUCAAUCAAAGCUGUCUCAGCACAGGGAGGUUAUUUAUCUGUGUAUUAAUCUAUAAUGUUUUAAUGCCCGUUUCCUUCAUGUUCAGGCUGAGUUCCGCAGGGUUUCCUUUAAAUCCUGAAAUGGGACUCUUUUCUCCUAAAAGUAUUUUAAAGGGAAAAUCAAACGAUAAUACUUUUAAAACUUUCUGAUAGCCCUCCAUGUGUCUAAGGCAGCAUUUCAUUGCAACCUCAGUUCCUUAAGAGUUGGACCAUUUUUCUCAUUUUGUGUCAUCACCUCAUCUUUAACCAACUCUAUGUAAACAUUAGUGUAAACAUUAGUGAACUUGGUAGACCAUUUUCUUGAGUUUGAGUAGAGAUAUUGUCCCAUUCUUGCCUGAUAGAGGAUUUCAGCUGCACAUCAGUUCAGGGUCUCCUUUGUCCAUUAUUUUAAAAAAGAAAGUCAAACUUUGAUUUCUCUGACCACAGGACAGUUUUCCAAUAAAACAGUAUUAACACAGAUUUGAUAGUUGGUGGAUGAUUUAAUGCACAGGUGUCAAACUCAAGGCCCGGGGGCCAAAUCUGGCCCAUGGAACAAUUAUAUCUGGCCCACAAGAUCAUAUCAUAUUUGUAUUAUUAUUGGCCCACCAGUAUGAGGUCUGCAGAUUUCCUCCAGGAUGAUAAUGUAAACUUUAGCAACAUUAUUUAAAAUAUCCUUAAUAAACCAUGAAAAUCUGGGAAAGAUUUGAUAAAUAGUCAAGAAUGUGGGGAAAAAUUGUGUUUUAUCCAUAUUUCCAAUUUUGCAUCUCAAGAUAACAAGUCAAACAUGAUUUGACCUUUUACUUUGUGCUUUGAAUUUUUUCAACUCAGUAUUUAGAUUUAUGUCAUUUUAAUCAUUUAGAUUCCAAUUUUAAAUUUUAAGUCAUAUUUUGACUUUAAACUCUUGAUUUCAAAAUGAUCUCAUAUUUUCUCCUUUAAAACUUGUGAUUUUAACUUUCUCCUCAUGUAUUUGCUCUUUAAAAGCCUUUUUCAAAUAUAUUUUUAAUAUUGUGUUCUCAUCUUUUGAACUAAUCUAUUGGAUUCUUUUAAAAUCUCAGAUUGCCUUUAAAUUUAUCUUUUGAACUUUUUAAAUUUCCAAGUGGUUUAUAACCCUCGCUGAUUUUCUUAUGUAUAUUUUGAAAAGGCGGCUGACAGUUUGGGUUAAAUGUUGACCCUGUUCAGCCCUCAGGUUAGACUUAAAUCCAGAUUAUGGCCCUUGCUGUGGUUGAGUUUGACACCCCUGAUUUAAUGUAAUAAUUAAAAAUGUGAUAUGAUACCUGUAGAAUGUGUUUUGUCAUUGUCUUGCUGAAAUAUGAAGGUCUUCCCUAAAAGAAUCAUUGUCAGGAUGGCAGCAGAUGUUGCUCCUAAACCUGUAGAUAUUGUUCAGCAUUAAUGGAGCCUCCACAGAUGUGGAAGUUACCCAUGACAGGGACUCCGAUGAUCCCCAUACUGCAGGGACAAUGGCUUUGGACUGGGAGCUGAGAACAAGCUGGGUGGUCUCUCUACUCUUUGGAGUUGAGGAAGCAGCUUCCAUGUUUUCCAUGGAGAAUGUCAGAUUUUGACUUUUUAGACCUUAAGACAGUUUCUUCUCCCCCUCAGUCCAUCUUAAAUGGUCUCAGGUCCAGAAAAGUCUCUGGUGUUUCUGGAUCCUGUUUCUAUCUGGUUUUCUCUUUGCAUGGUUUAGUUUUAACCUCAUUGUGGAUGCAGUGAUGAACUGUGUUCACAGACAAUGGUUUUUGAAGUGAUUUUGAGUCCAUGCAGUGAUUUCCACUCCAGAGUCCUGUCUGUUUUUAAUGCAGUGCUGCCUGAGGGCCUGAAGAUCAGAACCAUCCGGUCUUGGUUUUGAUCCUUGUCCCUUUAGUACAGAGAUUUCUCCAGAUUCUCUGAAUCUUUGAAUGAUAUCAUUUUCUGUAGAUGAUGAAAUCCACUCAUUCUUUCACAUUUGACUCAGGAACAUUAUUCUGAAACUGUUCAACUAUUCGCUCACACAGUCUGUCACAGAGUGGUGAACCUCUUCCCAUCUUUCCUUCUUACAGUCUCAGCCUCCCUGAAUGUCCUUUUUAUACUCAGUCAUGUUACUAACCUGUUGGAAAUUAACCCCAUUGGUUGGAGAUGUUCCUACAGCUGUUUCUUUUUAGCAAUAUACAACUUUUCACCUGUUUGAUUGUUCCUCUAAUUAGUUUUGUAUAAACAUGUGGCUGACAUCAAAUUUCAAGAGAUAUUUACAUUUUUAUUAUGAGUAGUACAUUACUCAUUACUCAUAAAGCAACAUUAUUUUCAGUUUGGUAUUUAAUAAAUGUCUUCUUUGCACUUACGUUACUAAUGGAAAUGAAUGAAUGAAUGAAUAUAAUAAUAUGAAUAUAGACUUGAAAUGAUGUGCAAAUCAUCAAAUUCUGUUUUACAUCAACUUUUCACCAAAGGUUCUAACUCUUAUGGAAUUAGGGUUGCACACCUUACCAGUAUUUAAAUUUCCAAAAAGACUAAAUACUUUUCUAACUCAGCUGCUCGCUGUAGAUUCAAGAGGAAAAAGAAUAAUUUCUGGUGGUAGAUUUAUCUGUAGUUGCUUGUGUUAUUUGUUUGUUUCCUCUUAAGGAUCAGUGCCAGGACAUUCAUCCAUGAAGAGGCUGUUCAAAUAAAAUGUUCAAUAAAAAUUAUUUCUCUUCUGUAUUGGUUCAAAACAAUUUGUAGUUUGUGAAGGGAAAAAAAAAAAAAGCAUCUUAAUAGAGGACACAAAUAUGACUCGGACGGACUGACCGGCUGCUACAUAAAUUCGUUGGGAGGGACUGACUGACAGCUUCUCUGCAGCUUUAUCUGCAGGCUGACAGUUUAAGCCUCUGCAGACUCAGGCUGAAAUGACUAACAGUGGGUUUCCACCGUAGGGCCAGGCUCUGAACCAAAUUUCGAGUAGCAUGUGUCUGCAGAGCUGGAGGCUGCAGACUCAGGACUGCAAUGCUGGGACCACAUUUCAAGGACCCUUGGUGUCCGUCACAGUGCCGUCUAGUGCUGUGCACAGCCAAGAAGAUCAUUUUAGUGAUGAGACGGACAACAAUGAGAGAGUGAGUAUUUAAUGUGAAUUUGGUUAUUAAUGAAAUGUCCAAAUACAUUUAUGCUAUCUUGAUUUUGACAGUAAAAUUUAGAUUUCCUGUGAUAUGUUUAUAGUUUUACAUUCACUGUAAGUCCAGCAUGGUGUGACUGUAUUUCCUGUUAUAGUCUGAAAGGCACCACAUAUAUUAACCUGAUAUCUUACAGCUUCCUGUAAACAAACAGAUCUGUAUUAGUCUGAUUAAUGAAACCAACAUGUGAUUCAGUCCAAAUGAGCUCAGAGCGAGCUCAGUGACUGUGGUUGAUCAUGUUAGCCUGAUCAGGGAAAUCAAGUUUAAGAUGCAAGUGCUCCAGAUGACACAAUGAUGCUCUUGUAAAGUUCAGAGCUCUCAGAAUUUUAUCCUAUGUAUGGGGCCAUAAACACCUGUCACGUUAAAAUGAAGCCAAUAUAGAAGUGCAGGAAAAAAAAAACUCUUCAGUUCCUUGAGUGUCCACUAGAGGCUGUCCCUAAAAGUGAACCCAUCUGUAUUGCGCUCAAUGUUAAAUUGAGUGAAGUAAACCUUUGAACACUUCGUAAAAAUGUUCUUUCAUUCAUUUUUACUGGAGGUCUGAAUUGUCAGUCAUAACUGAAGUCCUAGCUGUAGUGCAGCCUCCCUCCACAAGCAGGAGUUAUAGCUCUGGUUACUUGAAACUGUCAUAAUGCUGUAAACCUAAACCACCUGGAUGUUAACAUGAACAUAUGAACCAUUUUUUUGUUGUUGUUUAUUUAAUCUUUUUGAAUUCUCUAAAAAUAUAAUAAAAAUAUAUAUAUUUUUUCUUUUUUUAAAAUCUUUCACAUUUUACACAUUGUCACAAUAAAGCUUUAAUGCUGCUGUCUUCCUGUGGCCAAGCAGUAAGAUGAUCCUAUGAACAACAUCAUAUCAGACAUUUUUCAGGUGAAUAAUAAACAGUGAAUUCUGUGUAGUUAAAGGAAAAAACACACUGUCUGGUAAGAGAGUAAAAUAAUAACUUUAAAAUGCUUUAUUUAUGGAUGCCUUUGUGGACUCUUGAGGCCAAUUAAAAAAUAAACAAUACAAAAAUGAAUCAAGAUUGGUCUGAAAAUAUUAAGAGCUGCCCACAAUGGUUAAAGCACUUUUUUAAUGGCUCCUUAUUUGAACAUGUUCAGAGCUCCUCGCUGCACAAACACACUGAAUAUCAUGGUUUCAAGUGAAAAUUGACAUUUGUCCUCAAACUGAGCGUAUUUUACCUCGACUGUAAGACAGCAAGUUUUAUAGUUUAAUGACACCGAUUGAGCUCAGUCCAGAGCAGAAAGGAUUCAAACUAGCACAGAGUUUAGGUUUAAUAUUUGUGAGUUGAUUGUUUUAAUGUGACUGAUCAAUCGCUCUUUCUCUCUUUGUUUACAGGUGCAUAUAACCAUCCAGCGGGGGCGAUCUCUGCCCAAUCUAAAGAGAUGCACUUCCUGCUGCUCUAACUUUCACUGCCCAUUCUGCAGCCCGGCUCUGUGCCGCCCCACAAAGCUGAGCAAAAUCAGGAUUCACUUGGAGAACCAUUUCAACCGCGCCGUCCCGCAUGAAGGUAACGAGAUGUCUCAGGACAUAAGCAUGAAGACAGAGUGUUUGGAGGCUCCUAAGACAGCCUCAUGGUCAUGUAAAAAGCAUAUACCAAAAAAUCAACUACCUUUUUUUUUUUUUAGGGUAUACCAUUCACAGAUGUGGCCUGGGUUGUCGGAAUCAGCUUCAUUAUCACUGUGUCCACUGUCAGUCCACUCUGUCACGCAAAUCAGACUUUAAGAAUCACCUGGGUUUCUGCAGUCAGAAGCACAAAGCCUCAAUUCAGCCUGACCCUGCACAAACAGACGCCUCAAACACCACCUCCUCAGCUACUGCUACCACCACCACACCAUGUACGAUGACCAAAGCACACCUGCCAGCUCCAACCACCACAACAGCUCUGACACCCUCCCCCACAGUAACGGCCUCUGCACCUGAACCCCCUGAUACUCAGGUGAAGAGGCUGCGUGUAAAGCCGGUGCUCCAGAUUCAGUGUCCCAUCUGUCAGAUCCUGCUAAACAAACGAAAUCUGAAAAAGCACAUUGAGAGGAAGCACAGCAGCAGACACAAGGAUGUGAUUGCACCCUCUCAGCUCCACAGUGAGGGUGUGGAUCCUGAAAAUGGACUCUAUACAGUUGAUAAAUCCCUCCUGAGCGCCUGCACUCCUCAACAGAGCGAAGGAUGGGAGGAAGAUCAGCAAGCAACAUAAAAGUUAUCUGUAACCUCUCUGACUAUAGGUAAAUUUUGAUACAGUUUGAAUACCCACUCUGAUGAAAAUCAUGUUUUUCUUGUUGUCUACAUGUUCACAUGGCAUUUUUCUGAUGCUAUAGGACAUAUCAUGAGAGAACAAAGUGCAAAAUUGCAUUUAAAUCUCUGGCAGAUCCAAACAGCAGGCUCAGACACAGUGAGAUUUCCUACGUAGCAAAUCCAAGCUCCGCCCCCGGAGCCUCACUAUGCAAGCCACACUCUGAGAAAUAGAGGACGAUCGCGGAACAAGCGUGUGCGUUAGCGGAUUGCAAUCCUCGUAAGAAAGCUAAUUAUAAUAUUACCCUUUAUCAUGUCCCUAAAGACAUUAGUGUUCGAGAGCCGAAUAGCUCCUAUGUUACCUGCUACUUCUGCUCCACAAGCAAUGUUAGGCUACAAGCUAGCAUGAAGAGGAGUGUGCAGAGUAGCGCUGUCUCCGCCCACGACUCAGAGGUUAAUGAAUUCCUAAUGAGCUACUGGAGCUCUGCAAAAGAAAAGCCCUUAAAUAUGACACAGUUAACGUGAUUUUAACUAAAAACUUCAUAAUCACUACUUAAAGACUACUGAAAACACUUUAAGAAAUAAUAUUUUUUAAAAAACCAUUGGAGUGGGACGUGAAAGUGAACCAAUGUUAAAAGGGUCUACUGCAGAUCUGACUGUAAACUUGACUCAGUGUCCUGCUCACAGUAUUUUGUGAUAGGAGACAUAACGCAUAGUGAAAUCAAUUGUUUAAAACCAAAUUAUCUUUACCACAAAUACCACAUUGAAAUCAGAGUCGUUGAUGACCAUUUUCAGCUCUGAAAAUCAUUUGUGUGAAUGUGAACUUGGAACAAUGUUGCCAAGUUACUGAAUGCCCAUCAAAAAAAUAGCAUUGUGUGUUGAGCCUGUUGUUUUGGCAGCAGUGAGUUGUGUUGAGCAACAGUUUGCAUUUGGUGUGGUGUCUUUGUAAGGACACACUAGCUUUAAUAUCACAGAGUUCCAGAUACAGACAGACUUACCCACUUGUAGAAACUCUUUGCUGUUUAACUGUAUGAGCAGGAAGUUGUUGCUUAAUGCUCAGAGUUACCCAGGGAUUCUGCCGCAUGCAGCUCCAGUCCGCUCCGGACCGGCAGGCAGAUCAAAUACGCAAGCAUACAGCACCCACUGGAUCCAAUCCGCUGCUGCCAUCGGAGGAGAAGUGCUUGCGAUAUUACCAACAUUUCUCGCGAGAUUGGAUGAGAUCUCACGAGAUCUCGUGUGUUUCACCAUGAGACAUUGAAUGAGAUCGGCGGUGUAUAUAUUUUUUGGCGCUUGAAAUGGUUUGAAAUUAAGCCUUGUCUUUUUGGAUGGAGUAGCUCCCCCUCAUUCUGCAGAGUUACUGUGAGCUGCUUCUGGGCCACCUGAGUUUACGGCACUGCUUUCUCUGUCAGCUGUCUUUACCUGUUUUUGCAUUCGAAGGCAUGUGACAUGUCCCUUUGAAUUUAUGCAGUUAUAGCAGUGAGUCUUAAGGUUCACUGAGGUUGUACUUUGUGACAUUUCUUUUUGUAUUUGUCUGAUUAGGACCUCAGCUUUUAUCAUGUUUCCAUUUUUGUACUAUAAAUAAAGAUUCAGUCUUCAAAUGUUGCUUUCAAGAAACUUUGUUCUUUCUGUACAAACAAAUGCAUUUUUGGUUUGUUAAAACUACACUGCGAAUAUACUGCAUUACUAUUUCAGUUUCAUAGACCUUUCAGGUGUUAGCCUCUGUCUCUGGGUGUGAUAACCCUCAAAGCUCAAAGUUUGAUAGAAGUGGUAUUUGGGUGAACACAACCUUAGUUAGUGUUUUAAAAUCAUCCAGAAGUUGCACUGUCACCAAAAACAACAGCCUCAGACUCUGGACACUCAAAAUACUCCAUUUCAGGCACACGAUUUUACUACAUUUAUAGAAAAGCAGGGUGGUAUCCAUAACAUAAUACAUGGCACAGUGUUGAUUCUGAGGUAAUGAACUGAUUUUUUAAUUUAUUAUUGAGCAGAAAUUUGGGCUCAGAUUUUUGUGUAGUCUGAGCCCAAAAUGGUUUGAGUCUAUAACAGUCUGAGCCUAUAACAUUCUGAGUUUAUAACAGCCUAUAACAGUCUUAACUUAUAAUAGUCUGAGCCUACAACAGUCUUUAACAGUCUGAGUCUAAAAGAGUCUAAGUCGAUAACAGUCCCAAUUUAUAACAGUCUGAGCCAAUGACAGUCGUUGUCUAUAACAACCUAUAAAAAUCUAAGCUCACAAUAGUCUAAGUCUAUAACAGUCUGAGUCUGUAACAGUCAAAAACACUGAGUCUGUAACAGUCAAAAACAGUCUGAGUCUGUCACAGUCAAAAACAGUCUGAGUCUGUAACUGUCAAAAAGUCUGAGCCUGUAACAUUCUGAGUGUUUAAUAUUCUGAGCCUGUAACAGUCUGAGCCUAUAACAGUCUGAGUCUAUGACAGUCUGAACGUAUAAUAUUCCCCAACAGUCUAAGCCUGUAGCAGCUGUAGUCUGUAACAUUCUAAGCACAUAACGGUCUGGGCCUACCAUAGUCUGAGCAUGUAAUAGUUUAUAAGAGUCUGAACCUGUAACAGUCAGAGUCUAUAACAGUCUAUGCUUACAACAGUCUGAGCCUAUAACAGUCUGAGUCUAUGACAGUCUGAAUGUAUAAUAGUCCCCAACAGUCUAGGCCUGUAGCAGUUGUAGUCUGUAACAUUCUAAGCACAUAACGGUCUGGGCCUACCACAGUCUGAGCAUGUAAUAGUUUAUAAAAGUCUGAGCCUGUAAGAAUGGGAGUCUAUAACAUUCUAUUCUUACGACAGUCUGAGCCUUUAAUAGUAUAAGCUUAUAACAGUCUAACUCUAUAACAGUCUGAGCGUAUAAUAGUCUCCAACAGUCUGAGCUUGAAACAGUCAAUACCAGUCUGAGCCUGUAACAGUGGGAGUCUAUAAUAAUUUAUGCUUAUAACAGUGGGAGUCCAUAACAAUUUAUGCUUAUAACAUUUUGAGUAAAUAACAGUCUUAGCAAAUAACUGUCUAUAACAGUCUGGGUUUAUAACAGUCUAAACUAAAACUAGUCUUAGUAUACAUAGGUCUGAGCCUUUAACAGUCUGAGUCUAUAACAGUCUAAGUCUUUAACUGUCUGAGUCUCUAACAGUCUGACUUCAAAACAAAAAUAAACUUUCAAAAUGUUGAAUCUCAUCCAGCUUUUAAUUAUGUGCUCCAUGUUAUUGGCCAGGAUUAAUUGAAACCAAUAACAGCAGAUUAAUUAUCUCCCUCUGCAGUCUCUCUUGUUUUGGGUCAUAUAUUAUGUGGACUUUAACCUUGAAUAUAAUUUUCUUCAAAAUCAAUAAUAUAUGUUUUGCCUCUUCACUAUGUUUUCUGUUGUCAUACUGCUGUUCUGUGUGUGUGCAUGCUCUAACAUCAGAUGUCUCUCUGUCUCUGUCCGUGUGUGUUUGCAGGAGGAGGAGGACGUGGUGUUGGUAAAGGUGGAGGAGGUUGAGGUAGUGAAGGUGGGGUCUCAGAGUCAGACCAGCCUCAGCAUCCAGGAGGGUAAGUCAGAGGUCACCUACGAAGGGCACAUGUGCUGUUAGAACUAAUUUUAAUAUUUUGACUGUGACUUGCAAUCUUUUGCAAUUUAUAUCAUAUAUUUUGCUAGCAAAAUCUUAAGAAAUUGGAGCGCGUUGAUGAAAACUGAUUUUGAUAGUUUGCUAUUACAGAAAUCUCUGUACAAAAAAGACAAGAACCAAAACAAACUAGAUGAUCCUGAUCAAGCUCUCAGGCAGAACUGCAGACAGGACUCUAGAUAGAAAGAUAGAUAGAUAGCGUUGUACGCACUCCACCACUUGCGCAGUGGCGUUGUAAGCAUUCAGUUGGAGAGUCGCCAAGAGUUGCUGUAAUGACGCUCGGCUCAAACAGCGUGUCCCCCUGGUGAGCUAUGCAAUCCUCAUACGCCCAUCAUAGAAAAUAUGAACCCCCUAAAAACUUUUAAAAAUGGAGCUGCAAAGAAAAAAGACUUUGAGCAAAACCAGUCUUACAGUAACUACAUACUAUACUGCAGUCCAUCACGAGAGGGUGCUGUAGUGGCUUCACCCAGCGAGGAGGCAGACGGUGUCCAUUCUACACUGAACAAAAAUAUAAAUGCAACACUUUUGUUCUUGCUCCCAUUUUUCAUGAGCUGAACUCAAAGAUCUAAGAAUUUUUCUAUGUACAAAAAAGACCCAUAUCUCUCAAAUAUUGUUGACAAAUGUGUCUAAACCUGUGUUAGUGAAAACUUCUCCUUUGCUGAGAUAAUCCAUCCACCCCACAGAUGUGGCAUAUCAAGAUGCUGAUUAGACAGCAUGAUUAUUGCACAGGUGUACCUUAGACUGGCCACAAUAAAAGGCCACUCUAAAAGCUGCAGUUUAAUCACACAGCACAAUGCCACAGAUGUCACAAGUUUUGAGGGAGCGUGGGAAUGGCAUGCUGAUUGCAGGAAUGUCCACCAGAGCUGUUGCCCGGGAAUUGAGUGUUCAUUUCUCUACCUUAAGUCAUCUCCAAGAGCGUGUCAGAGAAUUUGGCAGUACAUCCAACCAGACUCACAACCACAGACCAUGUGUAACCACACCAGCCCAGGACCUCCACAUCCAGCAUCUUCACCUCCAAGAUCAUCUGAGACCAGCCACCUGGACAGCUGCUGCAACAAUUGGUUUGCAUGACCAAAUAAUUUCUGCACAAUCUGACAGAAACCGUCUAAGGGAAGCUCAUCUGCAUGCUCGUCGUCCUCAUUGGGGUCUUGACCUGACUGCAGUUUGUCAUCAUAACUGACUUUUGAGUGGGAAAAUGCUCAUAUUCGAUGGCAUCUGGCACUUUGGAGAGGUGUUCUCUUCACGGAUGAAUCUUGGUUUUCACUGUACAGGGCAGACAGCGUGUUUGGAGUCAUGUGGGUGAACAGUUUGCUGAUGUCAGUGUUGUGAAUUGAGUGGCCCGUGGUGGCGGUGGGGUUAUAGUAUUGGUAGGCCUAUGUUAUGGACAGUGACCACAGUUGCAUUUCAUUGAUGGCAUUUUGAAUGCACAGAGAUACCGUGAUGAGAUCCUGGGACGCAUUGUUGUGCCGUUCAUCCGUGACCAUCACCUUAUGUUACAGCAUGAUAAUACAUGGCCCCAUGUUGCAAGGAUCUGUACAUGAUUCCUUGAAGCUGAAAACAUCCCAGAUCCUGCAUGGCCAGCAUAGUCACUGGACAUGUCACCCAUUGAGCAUGUUUGGGAUGUUCUGGAUCAGUGUAUAAGACAGCGUGUUCCAGUUCCUGCCAAUAUCCAGCAACUUUGCACAGCCAUUGAAGAGGAGUGGACCAACAUCCCACAGGCCACGAUCAACACCCUGAUCAACUCUAUGGAUAAGAGAUGUGUUGUACUGUGUGAGGCAAAUGGUGGUCACACCGGAUAAUGAAUGGUUUUCCAAACCCUCCCCCUAAUACAGUAAAACUGCACCUUUUAUUGUGGCCAGUCUAAGGCACACCUGUGCAAUAAUCAUGCUGUCUAAUCAGCAUCUUGAUAUGCCACACCUGUGAGGUGGAUGGAUUAUCUCAGCAAAGGGGAAGUUUUCACUAACACAGAUUUAGACAAAUUUGUCAACAGUAUUUUAGAGAAUUAGGUCUUUUGUGUACAUAGGAAACAUCUUAGAUCUUUGAGUUUAGCUCAUGAAAAAUGGAAGCAAAAACAAAAGUGUUAAAUUUAUAUUUUUGUUCAUUGUAUAUACAGUCUAUGCUCUGGACCUAAGUCUAUUUAAAAUGGAAUGAGGGAAAGAGGGAAACUGUCCUGUAGUCUCAUCAAUCAAAACCUGGCAUUCUUUUCGGAAAUCAUGGACACUGUACUUUUUACUCUGAAGGACAGAGAGUCCACACAGCUUUUUUUUCAGCUCCCAGUCCAAAGCCAGCAUCCCUGAUGGUAUAGGGAUCAUCAGAGUCCAUGCCAUGGGUAACUUUCACAUCUGUGAAGGCUCCAAUAAUGCUGAACAAUAGCUACAGGUUUAGGAGCAACAUCUGCUGCCAUCCAGACAAUGAUUUUUUUCAGGGAAGACCCUCAUAUUUCACCCCCUUUAAUCCUCCCUUUCUCAUGGUUUCUCCUUCUAUCUUUUUAGGUCUGGUGGAGUCAAGCACUGAUGAUUUCAGAUCGGCUCUGCCUUUUGAUGAAACCGCACAGAUGUCCACUCAUCAGUUAUCAGACCUGCAGGAGAAUGGGCGGGGCUUCUCAGAGGUCAGCUAUAGUGCUUCCUCACUGUGGACCAAUGGGGUUGGUUAUUGCCAUGACGACAGUCUACCAGGGCCAUCCCCUCACUGUGCCCCCCUGUCCUACCUGCCAGAUGCUCUGAUUGGAGCAGAGCAGGGUGGUGCAGUGAGGGGAUUGGCUGCUGAAGGUUCAGGUGGUUUCCACAGUGUGGUGUCUUUUCAGCAACAGCUUCCUGUUAUUGACUUGUCUGAAGAGUCUAGCCCUGCCCAGGCUGCAGAUCGGGUUCCGGACCCAGAUCGUGGUCCAGCUCGGGCUCAGGGGGGGCACAGCAACACUGACCUGCAGCAGAAGACCUCCAGGAGGAGGGUGUGUGCCUGCAGGUUCUGUGGGCGGGGCUUCUGCUCCCCGGCUAACCUGGAAUCUCACCUGAGGACUCACACAGGGGAGCGACCAUAUGGCUGCAACAUCUGCGGCAAAAAGUUUACCCAGUUCUGGAACCUGAAGAUCCACAGGAACAUCCACACCGGAGAGAGACCGUACCAGUGCCCGCUGUGCCCCGAAAAAUACUCCGACCCCAGCAACCUGAAGAAGCACCAAAAGAGACACCACCCACAGACAUAGACAGAGACAUCUCUGAGCUCAGAGUGACCUGUGCACAGGUCUCAAACCACCUGCAGGGGAGCAGCCCCACAUUUUAAACCCGACACCACAGUCCAUAAACUGAAACAGGCUGAAUGAUCACUUACAGAGAGAAACAGGUUAAAGUCUGAUCUCCUGAAACUGUGAAUAUCAGCAGGCUGUUAAAUUGCAGAAACUUGAGACUGGUGCUGUAUAAUUACAGACUCACAAAUCACAAAUUCAGGCGCGUGUCUGUUUCCUUCAGUGAGACACUCGGGUCUGUGUUUGAGAUGGACACAGGUUUUAUUCAGGAGAUGAUUCUGCAGUAACUCUGAUUCUUAUUUUUAACAUGUUCUCUUUUUCAGACCAAAGUCCAACUUUAAACGGGAUAGACUUUUCUUAAGUUGUUAUUUGAAUUUAAUGGACAAGAGGUUUAAAAGUGACAGAAAAACCUUGAUGAAGAGCCAGAAUGAAUUCAGCAGUGUUUGUGAUAAGCAUCAGAGGGACGAGUUCAAUGUUAACACAUGACAAUCAUAACCAUAUUAACAAAAAAAAAUCUUGACGCUCAGUAAAAUGUUAAUAAAAACAAAAUUUGAUAUGUGCUCAUUUUAAAUUUUAGCAAAACAUUUUUUAAAAGAUGAUACAGGAACAUGUGAGGCAGCAGAACUCUACUGCAGAGCCAUCCUGUUAAAAUAGUUGGUAUGUGUCUGAAAUAUUCAAUGCUUCAAGGCCAGGUUUUGAUUCAUAAGACCACAGGACAGUUUUCUUCUUCCCUUCAGUCCACCUUAAAUGGACUUAGGUCCAGAGAAGUCUCUGGUGUUUCUGGAUCCAGUUUCUAUCUGGUUUUCUCUUUUCAUGGUUCAGUUUGAACCUCAUUUGUGGAUGCAGUGAUGAACUAUGUUCACAGACAAUGUUUUUUGGAAAUGAUUUCCACUCCAGAGUCCUGUGACCAUUUUAACAAAGAUCAGGACCAUCCGGUCUCCAGGUUUUGGUCCUUGCCUCUAUUUUACAGAGAUUUCCCCAGAUUCUAUCAAUCUCUUAAUAAUAUGUAACGUCAAAUAUUUAUCAACAUUUUACAAUUUGAAUAAUUUUUGAUAAACUGUUGGUUUAAGGAAAUAAAGAGGCCAAGUUUGAGGAUUCUGAGUGAUAACGAGUGGAAAGAUUGAAACUGUAAAAGACAAACUUCUAUAUCUCAAAUAAGUCAAGAGAAAUCUGAGACAGUGCAUAGUGUGCAUGCUCUUAUGCUUUGAAUCCUGUUCUUCCAGCUGAGGCAGUCUAACAGAUUCAGGAGCUGAAAUACGUUUUUAUUUUUGUCUCUUUACCAACAGGAAUAAUUCUGUCUUUAUUAGUCUGUAAAAAUGAAACCGUACACUGUUAAUGUUAUUUGAUUUUUUUUAUUGUGUCACAGUUUUGUAAAGUCUCCAUGUUUACAGUUUGUUAUAAACAUGAUUAAACUUUUUAACAAAAUCAACAUGUGAAUUUAUGUUUUUAUUCCAAAUCACCCAUUACAGAAUUGUGACACAAUAUAAGCACCAACCAUUUACUGAAUAACUCAUUUAACCAUGUAUUUAUUAACACAAAAGAGUUAUAGACAUGUAGGUACAUAGGCUACAGAUCUAAAGGUUAAAGAUCUGUGGGUUAUAGAUCAGAUCUUUUUCACAGAGCAAUUAUUUUGGGCCGUUUCCAUUGAAACUCCCUAAGCGUCUUGCAUAUACAUGGCUGAUAUGAAUAAAAAUAAUGAUAAUUGAAAUAUUUACAGUCACAAUGAUGAGACGUCUGUCUGGAGUUUGAGAGGAGCUGCAGAGACUUUUUUUAGGUUUAGAAACAGGACAGCAGAUGUGCAGAGAUAAAAUAAGAGAGCUCCACGGUCAUUCUUUGGUGUGUGCGCAAGCAUCUGAAACAUAAACAAGUACCAACAGUCAGAUUAAGAGCAGGAGCUGAGUCAAACUGUAUGAAAUCAGGAGGGGAAAUAACCUAGCAAGGGAGCUUCAAACUGUCUGAGCAUGAAUCAGAGCAUGUCAUGUCUUUGUAUUCAUUAUCACAGACUGGAGGGAAGAGAUACAGGUGACCUGCUCUGUGAAAUCAGGUUAGAGACACCUGUGAACCCUCUAGAUGUUUCUGCUCAGACUGACUCUGCAGACUCUGAUCAAUCAGGACGAGAUGGCAGAGAGUCUGAUUCCCUCAGAGCUACAGGACUGUACCCUAAAACACAGCAGGACAUAAUACAUGAGCUGUCUGACCACAGCCUGCUGUCAGAGGAAGAUGUUGCUGUGGAGAUACAGUGAAGAUGUCUGGUCAGUCCUGUGAGAACCACUUACAAGGGUUCGUCUGGGCUCCUUCAAAAGCCUAAGAUUAUAUCGGAAUAUUCAAAAAUGUCUCAGUGGAUUCACUCUGACUUCAGAGAAGUCUUUAAUUUUAGAUGUCUCUUUGGCUGACAUCAUGUUUAUGUUCAGCAUUUUAUCAACCUGUUCACAGACAGCACACAAAUAGAAGAGAACGGUGAAAGUGCUCCAGUAAAAGUAAAGGGAAUCUGGCCUCAGCUGGAAACAGGGUUGGUGGGAGUGAGCAUGGAUUAUGAGGGAGAGCUGUGUUAAACUAUGCUUAGGUGUAUAUUACACUUGUCUCACCUGUGCAGACUUCUGUUGAAAGGUUUGACUCUGUUUUUAAUCUAAAAAGCUAAAAUCAGGAUUACACAAGGUCUGCAGCAGCCUGAAGCAAUGACACUGUAUCUUCUUCCUCUCCUCUGCAGUCUGCUGUGGCUCAGCUGACCCCUGUGAGGUCACAUGACCUUGGCAGCACGGCAUCGGUCCAGCUGGCAAUCCCGGACCCUGUUCCGAACUUGGAGCAAAGGAGCAGGAACCCCAUGGGAUCUGAGUACUCCCUGUUUGACCUGGAGACCUUCUUCACCCGCUGGGCCCCUGACCCCGACUCUGCGUCACCCCCCAGGGGCCCCGGGUCCUUCCCUCAUGAUGACUCAGCAGAACGUGAGAAGGAUGGGGUCAUCAUCGUGGAGGGAGAGGCUCAGAAUGCAGUUCAGACGCCACACGGGGCAACCACGAGGCUGAGUGGAGAACUGAGCUCUGUGGGCAAGUGUAGCAAAGUCCAGCAGAGCCAAUCAGAUGGUGAGAGAGAGAGAUGGAGAGUUUAGUGUCUGUUCAAACGUCCUGUGAACUAUCAUGGAUGAUAGUGUUAAUGCUGCUGUUCUCACUCUCUGCUCUCUCUCUCUCUUCACAGCUCUGUCAGCAGGUCCAUCUGUGCCCACCCCCCUGAGGCUACAGACUCCGCCCACUCAGCCUCCAUGGAGCAGAGCCUCUGCCCUGAUGAGGAACACCCAACUCCACCGGAUCAAGAGCAGGACGUUGGCACAGACCACACUCUCCAGCGUCAGCUCCUCCUGCAGGACUCUGAACUCCUCAGAGGCUCCACCUGUCAGAGGAUCCACAUCAGCCUCUGUCAACAUUAACAUCCCAGCACAGCAUCAAGCCAACCUCCUCUCCUGCCACAAUAGUAGCCUUGAGUUCAGCCUUGGGCCUGGCGAGCGGCGCAGGAAGAGCUAUGUGUGCAGAGCCUGUGGGAAAGCGUUCAGUGGUCUGUCCAACCUGGAGGCCCACGAACGAGUCCACACAGGGGAGAAACCUUUCUGCUGCGACACCUGCGGAAAACGAUUCUCUGAAGCAGGAAACCUGAAGAAACACCAGAGGGUUCACACCGGGGAGAAACCUUUCAGCUGUGAGCGCUGUGGGAGGAAGUUUGCCUGGAUCUGCAAUCUCAGGACUCACCAGCAGUCCGCCACAGGCUGUGGACCACACACCAGGGGGGCACAGGGACUGAGCUAAGAGGACUGUUUAGGGACUGUGUAACUCUUAACAUACACACUGGUCCUCACCUUUUUUUAGUGUUGACACUCACUGCUGUUUUCAUGAUUCCUGUCCAUAAAUCUUGAUGAUCACUUUGUGACUGUUGUCUCAGAUUUACAGGAACAAACAGACCUAAAAGUCAGUGAUUCAGUCCUCCAGUUUAUGAAAGAUAGAGCCUGGAGUUUGUUACAAACAUUGUUUCUUUACUCUCUGAGCUGUGGGAGAAACUGACUCAAGUUUUUUCCCUCAGAGCUCUCCUUCUCUCUGGGAUUCAAUCAAGUUUACACUCUAAAUAAAAUCUGUGUUUGUCUGAAGCUCUCAGGGGCUGAUCUGAGCUGUCUGUUAACUGGAGAUAAACAGCUAACUCAAAUCCUCCCACAACAAUGUUACAAUGUCAUUUAGCAGGCGCUUUUAUAUAAAGUAACAUACAUACGAGAACAAGAACAACACACAAAAAUCUAGACAAGCGGAAACAAGUUCAGUAAGAGCAAUAUGUGCUUCAAGUCCAUUUGGACAUCUGUACUGCCAUGCUGUGUAAAACUCAAUGUACAAUAGUAAAAACAUGUUUUUUUCUCAAUAAAAUAAGGAACAUCUACAAUGAAGCAUCUGGGUGACUCAAGCGCUAAACUUCAGUUCCCAAAGUAGAGCAGGACAGUGCAAGUCAACUGUAGCUGGAAGACUCAUUUAACCAACUGUGGUCAAUGGUACCUACACACACAUGCUACGCAGGGUCCUAAAUGUACACUGGAGCUCACACACAACCAAUGAAGUGCUUUACGGCGAACUGCCCGCAGUCGCUGACAAGAUAGCAGCCAAGAGACUCCAGCUUGCAGGACACUGCCACCACCACCCUGAGCUGAGCACCCAGAAAGUCUUGCUAUGGGAGCUAAAGCAUGGCCACAGAGAUAGAGGGCGGCCACGAACAUCGUACGUGGAUACCCUAAAGAAGGAUACUGGAGCGAAGAGUGCCAGCGAGCUAGCUUCACUGAUGAAGGAUCGUGACGUUUGGCGCAACCAUGUUCACUCUCGCCGCGUUGCGACCUAAGUUAAGUCAAGUAAGUCAAGGUCAACAGUGGAGAAUGGUCUAGCUAAGUUCAUAGUGUUCUUUAAGCUAGAGAGCUGGGUCUUUAGCUGUCUUUUGAAAGUAACAUUUAAACCUUAUCAAAAACGAUGUUGGUAACUUACAUCUAUCAGCUCAUGUCUCAGAAACAAAAUUAAGAAACAAAAAAUGAAGAGUUGCUGGUAAGUUUCUAACAGAGAAUUAGAAAUGUCUGAUCAAGUUCACACUCAGGUCCAGCCCUGACUUCACAGUGUAUGCAGAGAGAUAAUGUCAGUGUGUCCACCUGCAGCGCUAAGAUGAGGUUCAAAACAGCAAACUCUUUGGACACACAGCCUGAGACUGUGUAAUAUAGUUGUCACACUGCCUAGAAAUAAACUGACUCUUGCAGCUGAAGAAAAGUUUUAUGAAGCAUGUCAGCAGAUUUUGGACAGCAAUAGCUGUUGUUACAUCCUUUAUUCCACAAAAGCCAGAGUGCUUUAUAAAAUAUUAAUAGAAACUGUAUCUGAUGGUGCGCAGAUCAUUCAAAGCCCACAUUUAAUAGAAAACAGUGCAAAGACAGCACAAUAAUUUUAUUGUGUCUUAAAAAAACAUGCUUGUUCUCAGUCUGGUUUCAGUAUUUUAAGGUAUUUCUCUUUUUCUAUUAUAAAGACUAUAACAGACCUCGAUAACAUGUGCAGGUUAAGUAUAAAAUCCAUUACAGAACCUCUCACUGUAAACUACAUUACUGUCUCUAAUAAGAACUAAUCUUACUUAUCUACCACCUUACAAAUAAAAUGUCACUCGAAUUCUGGAACUGAAUAGAUAUGUGAGGUAUAGAAGUUUCACUGUCGUUGUUCAGUCUAACGCCACACACGUAAAAACUAGUAAAGCCACGAAGCAAGUAGCUAACGUAAAACCUGAAAUAGACAGUGAAUCGGAAGAGGAGUCCUGA